CGUUCAGUUUCAAUAGCAGUAAAAACAAAAUGAUCUUUUAAGACUUUGACUUCUUUACCAUCUACAGUUUUAUCUUUUGUAGGCCAUAUUCAACUAUAGCCCAAGUUUUACCACCAGAAUUUUGCAAAUAUGCACUCUUCUUUGAUUUCCAAAAAUUGUAAGCCCCUGCUUGGAUUGAUUCUCCCAAAACAGUUUUAUGGUUUCAUAGUUGCAAAAAACUGAAAACUCCUAAAUUGGUCUACUUGGUUCUGUUCUUGAAAAACUGAGAUAAAUGAGUUGAGGUUUUUAGAGAACAACUUUAGGCUGUUUUUUGAAUUUUCUAAAACCUAUUCUCAGUUGAGGGAAAACACGGAGAACACUUUGUUCGCUUAAAAAAAAUGACGGAACCCUUCUCGUUUAUAACCUCAGCCGUACAAGCCCUCCUUACAAUUUCUCUUCAAGCAUUUUCUCUCAGAUUUCUUGGUUACAGUCUCUUUUCAACCCAUCUUUCAGUUUCUUGAAGCUCGUCUAAUGAUGGUCGAUCUGCGCUUCUACGAUUGUCUCUCUUCGUUCGGGUGCAGGACGGUUCCAGCUUUAGAGCUUGAUCGUGCUUAUCGAGGACAGUCUCUCAUUCAUCUACGUAUAAUGUUUGGCACUAGGAAGAGGAUGAGGGCCGCGAUGAAAGCAAAGAAGGGCCCAAGUCCAAGGAAAGUUACUCCAAUGAUUCCCCUACGAAGGCCGACCAAGAAGGUGGAAUUGGAGACCAAGGAAUUAAUUCCAUUAGGUUUUGCUUUAGAGUACAAGUCAAGGAUGGUUUCUUGUGUGCGGGAUUGGCGACCAUACUGUGGACCUAACACAACUUCGGUGGUGCUCGAAGCUGAGCCAAGCGGAGAGGAAGACCCCGAAGAAGAUCAGGAUGGAAGAGAUAUCGGAGCAUCCAAGAUGGAGGGCACCAGAGUUCAGGGAUGACUGCUCUUUUAAGAGUACUUAUAAUUACUAGUAGUGGAGGAGGUAUUAGUAAGAAUGUAGUACGGAUUUAGUCACGUACACUCGGAUUAUGUUAAAGAAUAUUUUACGAUUAUUCGCUUAACAGUUUAUGGUUUGGAAAAAUUCUUAAUAAAGUGAACUAGUAAGU